AUGGCGGAAAAGGAAACGAGUGUUGAGAUUGCCCCAUCUUCAAACACAAAUCAUCCUGCGACACCACCGUCCGAGGAAGUAUUCCCCAAAAAAUCCAAACAGUCUCUUUCGGACAAAUUUACAAUUUUUGCGGCCGGAGCUGCUUUGGUCUCAGAUGGCUACUUCAACAACAUCAUGACGAUGGCAAAUGUCGUCCUUAAGAAACAAUACCCGAAGGAGUAUACCGCAGCAACCAGUACUCGUGUUUCUAAUUCUCUUUUGGUUGGUGAGAUUUUCGGUCAAGUGACCAUUGGGCUCACUUGCGACUACUUUGGAAGAAAGUUUGCUAUUAUUGCUACGACUUUGAUGAUUGUAUUUGGAGGCAUAUUAGCCACGGCUUCCAAAGGCGUUACAAUAGAUGGCAUGUUCUGGAUGAUGACUGUUGCGAGAGGUAUCAUAGGAUUUGGUGUUGGUGGUGAAUAUCCAGCAUCGUCUACUUCCGCUUCUGAAGCCGCGAAUGAGCAUGCCCCAAAAAAUCGCGGUCCCAUAUUCAUUCUUGUCACUAACCUUCCAUUGUCCUUUGGUGGUCCACUGGCCGUCUCGAUCUUUCUCAUUGUACUCGCAGCAUGUGACUACAAGCAUUACAACACUGUAUGGAGAGUAUGCUUCGGAAUUGGUUGCAUCCUCCCAUUAUCAGUCUUCUACUUCCGAAUCAAGAUGCUCAAUAGUACACUCUACCGCAAGGGAGCCAUUAAGAAAAAUGUCCCAUACAAACUUGUUCUACGCUACUACUGGAAAUCACUCGUCGGAACAUGCGGCGCAUGGUUCCUUUAUGAUUUUGUAACAUUUCCCAAUGGUGUUUUUUCAGGCACAAUUAUUGCUUCGGUAGUUCCCUCGGAUCCAAGCACCGUCGUUCUCAAAACUGGAGAAUGGAACCUUUUACUAGGAGUCAUCGCACUACCCGGUGUCAUUGUUGGUGCAUUACUCUGUGAUCGCAUCGGUCGCAAAAAUACAAUGAUGAUUGGUUUCUUCGGAUACCUAAUGUUUGGUCUGAUCAUCGGAUUAUCAUACCAUAAAAUCACCAAGAUCGUCCCUCUCUUUGUGGUGUUCUAUGGCUUGAUGCAAAGUUCGGGGAACUUAGGACCAGGUGACAUGUUAGGACUUAUCUCUUCUGAAACCUACGCCACAUCCGUGAGAGGAACUUGCUAUGGACUUUCCGCAGCCCUGGGCAAAGUCGGCGCGGCAGUCGGCACCCAAGCUUUCACUCCAAUUCAAACGAAUUUGGGUAAGCAGUGGACAUUUAUCAUUGCGGCUAUCUGUGGCGUGGCGGGCAUUGCGGUUACGUAUUUCUUCGUGGAAGAUAUUACGGGUGAGGAUUUGAGUAUCAGAGAUGAAAAUUUCAGAAAGUUCUUGGUGGCUAAUGGGUGGAAUGGUGAAAUGGGAGAGGUGGAUUUGAAGGCGUCGGCGGAAGAAGGCGUGGUUACGGAAGUAGAAGUGGAAGGGAAGUAA